AUGAACGAUGUGGAGUUGCGGCGGCACCACCCGGAAGAUUUCAUCGCACGUUUCCGCCGGCGUGCGGAUCGUGACCGUGUCCUUGCUUCGCGGCCGGGUGGAUACCUUCUGCCCCUCACCUGGAGACCUUGGCAACGAACUUCACUGGCCACUGCAGAAAGCUUCAAUUUUCAGGUGGUUAUGGGCAUGCUGCGUGUACCGCUUCACGCGCGCAAUGUGGCUACUGCCCAGAUCAUCCUGGGCCCUUCUUGCUCGGGGAUUGAAAUCACAAGGCUUCGAGACAUACCUGAUGAUGACGACCGAGAAUUCUUUGUCAAGGCAUGGUGCAAACAUCCGGAUCUCAUCGAAGACGAGCAGACCAUCUCAAUUCCGGAGCCUGUUUUGCCUGUUGCAGCUAUGGGCAAUCCUGCCCCGCCACGCCUCUUGCAGUACCAGGUGGGCGAGUUCAGAUGCCCCUGUGCGCCGGAGGUCGUUGCUCGGCACACUGAUGUUGAUGGCACGCGCAAGGAGUCUGUGGAGGCUCCCGAGCGUUGGGAGAUGAUGUCUGCACCGCGUACUCCUUGGACGCGGGCAUCAAAUUUUACGACGGUCAACACUCCAUCACCGUGGAUUGAUAGGCAGCUGGGCUCCCCUACCACCGGCGUCGUGGCACGGUUCCUGAACGUCGCGCCACUGCUCCUCCACGCGGGUGUUUCAACACUCGAACCUGUACAUGUUGAUCAGGACUGGUGGGCUGAUCUGGCGGUGAAUGAGCUUUCAAAUGAUGUCAGUGCUCAAGCGUGUGUUGCCCAGUUGUUGAUGGGGCUGGACUUCAUGAGGAGGAUGAGAGCGCUGUGGAGGAACUUGUUUUCUGUAGUGGAUGCGGCCACUGUCAUGGAUGCGGCAGCCGCUACACAGGCUGCGCUGGAGGCGGAGGUGUGCGUCCCCAUGCACACGCCCCUGAUCCGCGCGGGACCUAGGCCUCGGCGGGCGCGAACGCCGGUCUCCAUCCCGUCGCUGCGACGGAGUGGCAGGAUCGCAGCAAGGCCAAGGGCACCAAAUGCAACGGUGCAGGCGCAGCUGCUGCUCCUUAAGAAGCUGGGAGUCGCUGUGGCGGAGGGUGAGCAUGCCUCUGAGGUUGAGAAGAAGAUCAAGCUGGCAUUCAGGGGAGAUAUGUCGACCAGGAAAAGGGAGGCACUACAACUCUUCCUUGAAAAUGGAAUUGACCUGACAACUGUGGACCUAAACCUCCAUGGACCUGCUUUCGAUUAUGACUUCCUACCCGCGACUGGGGCGGCUGGCGGGAUCUUACUGGCCUGGGUUAGGGACGAUUGGGUUGUCUCUGAUAUUAACAAGGGACGCUUCGCCAUCUCAGCUCGCUUUCAGAAGAGGGGUGCCACGUCGACGCCAUGGUGGCUAACUGGGGUCUAUGGACCGCAGGAAGACGCCCAGAAGGUCGAGUUCUUGGCGGAGUUGAGGCAAUUCCGUGACGCUUCACUUGGGCCAUGGUUAAUAUGUGGAGAUUUCAACAUGAUUUAUCGUACCCAGGACAAGAACAACGACAGGCUUGAUCGUCGAAAAAUGGCAAGAUUUAGAAGAUUCAUUGACAGUGUACAGGUGCAAGAAAUCAACAUGGUUUGCAGAUCUUUUUCCUGGUCUAAUCGCAGGGACAGACCAACGCUCGAGCUGCUGGACAGGGCCUUCGCCUCUGUAGGCUGGCUUACUGAGUUCCCCUCACACACUCUAAGGCCUCUGCCCUCUGAAUGUUCUGACCACUGCCCGCUGCUGCUCACGAUCAUUGUGUUCUAUGAUGUCCAGCGCCGUUUUCGGUUUGAGACUUUCUGGACAAAGAUACCAAGCUUUUCUGGUGUGGUGGAGAGUGCCUGGUCUUCAACGGUUGAGGGGGCUGAUCCAUUUCGAAGAUUAGACCAAAAAUUUCGCAAGGUUGCCAUUGAGCUACGUCGAUGGAGCAACUCCAAGGUGGGUAGCAUUCGGCUGCAGCUUGCUGUGGCUCGCGAGCUCAUAUUCCGGUUUGAUGAAGAGCAGGAGAGGCGGAAUCUGCAUGACUGGGAGCUAAACAUGUACAGGUCCCUCAAGGCCAAGACCUUGGGCCUGGCCUCGCUCGCGCGGACAAUCACAAGGCAGCGCUCUAGGAUCCUUUUCCUGAGGGAGGGUGAUGCCAACACGAAGUUCUAUCAUUUGCAAGCCUGCCAUCGGCGGAGGCAGAACAGGAUUGACACACUUCGGGAGGAGGCCGAGCGCUGGUGCUCGGCAGGGAACAGAUGCCUGGGGCUGAUCUUGGCGAGGUUGUAG